CUCACCACCGCCCGCCGCCGUCACCGGAGCUCAACUCUAACCCUUGGAAGUCCAAACCACCUUCUUCAUACCCCUUUUCCCCCACUACCCACAUCCCUUUCUUUCUUCCCCGCCGCCGUAUCCAGUCGCCGGCGUUUAGCUACACUACACCCAGAGAAAAAACCCUGUAUCUCUGUCAUUGAUCACCGUUCAGGCCGCCGGAAAAAAAACUGUAGCAGAGUAUUCUUCUACAUCCGCAUGCAAUAGUUUUGUCUUCCUUCAGAAACCAGAAAAAAGGAGAAAAAAAGAAAAACAGAGUAACAUGGCUCUCUCUUCCACUUCCAUUCCCCAUUGCUACGAGCUGUCGACCACAUGAACCCACCGACGGCUGCUACACAAAAACAAUCCCCAAAAGAUCUCUUCUUUACUCUUCUUUCUAGUGUAGAACUCAAGCUAUCCUUCCUUUCCCACAUGAUCCCUCUUCGAAUCAUGCAUUUUGUCCCCUAGAUAAAACUACCCUUUUUUCCCAUUCCACCGGCCGUCGUCGACCGUCGCCGGAGCCUCCCCACGAGUUUUCCUUACUCGCCCACAAAAGAAGAGCAGAAACCCAGAAAAACCCAGAAAUGGAGAUACUCAAAACAUCCCACUCUGUAUCGCUCUGUUUUUCAUCUCUGCUUUUAGUCUUACUCGCCGCCAUGGAUAAACCCCUCUCCGUCUCCUCUCUCUCUCCCGACGGCGAAGCCCUCCUCCCACUUCUCUCCGCCGGGAAAUCAUCAUCACCGCUCUUCUCUUCAUGGAACCCAUCUCACCAAACCCCAUGUUCAUGGCUGGGGAUAACAUGCUCACCGCAGAACAGAGUAAUCUCUCUGUCUCUCCCAAACACAUUCCUGAACCUCACUUCAAUACCACCGAACCUCUCUUCCUUGACAUUUCUCCAGCUCCUGAAUCUCUCAUCCACAAACAUCUCCGGCGAAAUCCCAUCUUCAUUAGGCCAGCUGUCCAAUCUCCGGCUGCUCGACCUAUCUUCCAACUCCCUCUUCGGCUCCAUCCCUCGAGACCUCGGCCGCCUCUCUUCUCUCCAGUUCCUCUACCUAAACUCCAACAGACUCACCGGGAAAAUCCCGCCGGAGCUCGCCAAUCUCACUUCUCUGGAAGUCCUCUGCCUCCAGGAUAACCAGCUCAACAGCUCAAUCCCGGCUCAACUCGGUUCGUUGGUCGCAUUGCAGCAGUUUAGAGUAGGGGGAAACCCUUAUCUGACCGGAGAAAUCCCGCCGCAGCUCGGGAUGCUGACGAAUUUGACCACAUUCGGCGGCGCGGCCACAGCACUCUCCGGCGGGAUUCCUUCCACAUUUGGGAACCUGGUCAAUCUCCAGACUCUGGCUCUGUACGACACUGAGAUUGGUGGUUCGAUUCCAGGUGAGCUUGGUUCCUGUUUGGAGCUCAGGAACUUGUAUCUCCACAUGAACAAGCUGACCGGUUCAAUCCCUUGCCAGUUGGGUCAACUACAGAAGCUAACCAGCUUGCUGAUCUGGGGGAAUGGCUUAACCGGUUCGAUCCCUGCGGAGCUUUCGAAUUGCUCCUCGCUUGUAGUGCUCGAUGCUUCUGCGAAUGAUCUCUCCGGCAGCAUUCCUGGCGAUUUAGGGAAAUUGGCAGUCUUGGAGCAGCUGCAUUUGUCGGAUAAUUCGUUAACCGGUUUCAUUCCAAGCCAGUUGGGCAACUGCACGAGCCUAACCGCACUCCAGCUCGAUAAAAACCAGCUCUCGGGCUCGAUUCCUGUCGAAAUCGGGAACCUGAAGUUCCUGCAGAGCUUCUUUCUGUGGGGGAACUCGGUUUCGGGCACGAUUCCAUCAUCAUUUGCCAACUGCACUGAGCUCUACGCCCUUGAUUUGUCGCGGAACAAGCUGACCGGUUCGAUCCCGGAUGAGAUUUUUAGUCUGAAAAAGCUGAGCAAGCUACUACUACUGGGGAAUUCACUGUCAGGAGGGCUUUCUGAAUCAGUGGCGAAUUGUGAGUCCUUAGGGAGACUAAGACUCAGCGAGAACCAGCUCUCGGGGCGAAUUCCUAAGGAAAUUGGUCAGUUACAGAAUCUAGUAUUCCUAGACUUGUACAUGAAUCAUUUCUCAGGCGAAAUCCCUCAGGAAAUCGCCAACAUUACAGUUCUGGAGCUGCUAGAUGUGCACAACAACUACAUUACUGGUUCCAUACCUUCUCAGUUGGGCAAGCUGGUGAAUUUGGAGCAGCUUGAUCUUAGUCGAAACAGCUUCAAUGGAGAAAUCCCAUGGAGCUUUGGUAACUUCACUUACCUGAACAAGCUGAUCCUGAACAACAAUCUAAUUACUGGUUCCAUCCCCGGGUCGAUUCAAAGCUUGCAGAAGCUCACAUUGCUCGAUCUCGGCUACAACUCUCUCUCUGGGGAACUCCCUUUGGAGCUGGGCCGCGUCACUAGCUUGACCAUAAGCCUCGACCUGAGCAACAACGCAUUCUCUGGAGAACUCCCCGAGUCAAUGUCUGGUUUGACUCAACUGCAAUCUCUUGAUCUUUCCCACAACAAGUUUUACGGGAAGAUUAAGGUUCUUGAGUCGUUGACUAGCCUUGCUUCAUUGAACAUUUCCUGCAACAACUUCUCAGGUCCUAUUCCUGUAACACCAUUCUUCAGAACUUUGAAUUCAAACUCUUAUCUACAAAAUCCGAAUCUCUGUGUGUCGGUAGAUGGGAUUACUUGCUCUUCGAGGGUUGCUCGAGCGAGGGGAUUGAAAUCAGGGAAAACAAUUGCGUUGAUAUCAAUCAUUCUGGCAUCACUAACACUGGCAUUGCUAUCCUCAUGGAUUAUAGUUACCAGAAGCCAUAGGUACAUUGCUGAGAAAGCUUUAGGAGGCUCUUCGUUGGAGGGCGAGGAUUUUUCCUACCCUUGGACCUUCAUUCCAUUUCAGAAGCUGAAUUUCUCAAUAGACAACAUCUUGGAGUGCUUGAAAGAUGAGAACAUAAUAGGGAAAGGUUGCUCGGGAGUUGUGUACAAGGCUGAGAUGCCUGGAGGCGAGUUGAUUGCAGUGAAGAAGCUGUGGAAGACUAAGGGUGAUGAAGUUAACAUCAUUGACUCAUUCGCUGCAGAGAUUCAGAUUCUGGGCCACAUUCGACAUAGGAACAUUGUGAAGCUAUUGGGGUACUGUUCAAACAAGAGUGUGAAGCUGUUGUUGUAUAACUACAUACCGAAUGGUAAUCUACAGCAGUUGCUGCAAGAUAAUAGAGGGUUGGAUUGGGAGACAAGGUACAAGAUUGCUGUGGGUUCAGCUCAGGGUUUGGCUUAUCUUCAUCAUGAUUGUGUCCCUGCUAUACUCCAUCGAGAUGUGAAGUGUAACAACAUACUGCUUGAUUCGAGGUUCGAGGCAUAUCUGGCUGAUUUCGGGCUUGCUAAGCUGAUGAUGAGCACCCCAACGAAUUAUCACCAUGCCAUGUCUCGUAUUGCUGGUUCUUAUGGAUACAUAGCUCCGGAGUAUGGCUACACCAUGAACAUCACUGAAAAGAGCGAUGUCUACAGCUACGGAGUCGUGUUGUUGGAGAUCUUGAGCGGUAGGAGCGCCGUGGAGCCACAGAUUGGCGACGGGCUCCACAUAGUGGAGUGGGUGAGGAAGAAGAUGGGGAGCUUCGAGCCAGCCACGUCGAUACUCGACUCGAAGCUCCAAGGAAUGCCGGACCAGAUGGUGCAUGAGAUGCUUCAGACGCUUGGCAUCGCCAUGUUCUGCGUGAACUCUUCGCCAGCAGAGAGACCGACGAUGAAGGAAGUGGUGGCAUUGUUGAAUGAGGUGAAGUGUCCACCUGAGGAGUGGGGGAAGAGUACUUCCCAGCCUUUGAUGAAGCAGUCUGCAACUCAGAGUUGAGAUAAUAGACUUUUUGUUGGUUUAGUUAGGUGUUUUUAGGUGAUUUUUUUUUUUUUGCAGUCAAAUCUUUUAGUUUGAGUUGAGAGGGGAAAGAAGAAAGACAGCAAUGUUUGGAGCUUAGUGGGGCUUAGUAAGAAUUAGGUUCUGGUGUUUAUGUUGGGGGUUUCAUGGUGUACAGUUUUAGAGAUAGAGAUUUGUGUUCUGUUCCUCUCUUGUUUCAGGUUCUGGAAAUAAUGGAAUUAAGAACAAUUCAGAUU